AUGUAUGCUGCUCGAGUGGAAGAACUGAAGGAGAGAGAGAGAGAGACUGGCAAGACAGAGCUGUCUUUGGUGCUAUCAGAAGGCAGCGGUCGCUAA